CGUGUUCUCCGAGGGAUAGUUACCGCUAGAACGACGAGAGUUACUGUUCUGCUUGUUUGGUGCGAUUCUUAAUCACGUAUGGAAUAAAAGUAAACAGUUUACUUACAGAGCAGUGAUUACAUCGCGUUUUAGUGUUUUUGAUGCAAUCGGACGUUCAUCCUUCCAGUUAACGGAAAUGUUCUCUCACCAGGACUACGUUCCCCAGAACUCUCCCCCUUACUACCAGGAAUCCAGCCCGCAGGCCUGGUGUCCGGAGCGCGCUGGCCACGGUCCGGUGGCUCGCCGCAACGAGCGGGAGAGAAAGCGAGUCCGACUGGUCAAUAUGGGAUUCGCCAAGUUGCGGCAGUACAUUCCCACGACGGGGAGACCGGGCAAGAGGCUCAGCAAGGUUGAAACCCUGAGAUCAGCCAUCGAUUACAUACGGCAACUGCGACAGAUCCUCCGACAACCCCCGGAGCCUUCCUACUACUACCCGCCUCAGCAGAGGCUGCCUCAGGACAUGGGCUACAGGUGCGAUUUCGGAUGCCCCUGCAAUGAUGGAAUACCCGAGUACAUGUUUGAAGACAGUACGGAAAUAAUUCUGCCCUAUGCACCUCAGGAUACGUACGUCAUGUAAAAAGUUCGAAGUCGGCGUUGAUCUACUUGUAGAAUUUGUGAAUAACUUUACAGGUGAUAAUGCAUAUGCAUACACAUACAUGUGGAAUUAUCUUCAACUACUUGACUCUGUUUUGUGAUAAGUGAACUCAUGGACAAAUGAGAGAUUAACUGUUGAUGAAACGCUAUUUACAAGGCUGGAAAAAGGGUCUGAUAUCUAAUAGGCAUGUUGCUAAUUGUGUAGAAAAAUAUUAUCAGUAGAUUCCUUAUUUUUUUUUUCUCCAAAUAACAAUGUAAUCUUUCUUGCUUUUAUAGUAUUAGAACUCUUUUAAUUAAAUAAUGUUGAUAAUAUGUAACAACUUGACGAUGUUAAAUGGAAUAUCUUUAUUAAAAAACAAAAACUUCCAUAUAGGAAAUUUCCAAUGGUGAUUUUCCCUUUUGUUUCAGAGUAAUUUAAAGAAAAGAAUAUUUUUUUACGAAAAAAUUAUUU